GAUGAUGAUGAUGAUUCAUUAUUGAUGGACUUUGUCUGUUGGUAGCCGGGUGAGAUUUCGUAUUUUACUUUAACAACAGAUUUUGCGAAACUAAAGUUAGCCUAGUUUUAAAAACUUAUUUUGUUUUUGUAUAUGUUGUCAUGUUGUCAUUCGUUUUAUUUAUACUGCGAUAAGAGCUGAUAAGGAAUAUUCAUCUGAACCAUUGGAGAUAAUCUUGGCAUCAAAAAGAAAACAUAUUUCUUCAUGGGAAAAAGAAGAAAAAAGUCAGCCUGUAAUCAAGAAGUUCAGAGCAGCCAUGUUCAACAGAGGAAGUAAACCAUCAACAUCCUCAUCUGUUGGAGAAAGCCCUUCAGAUGCUUUUUUUCAGGCUGAAGAAAAGUUACUGAGUGGUGGGGAUUGGAAGGUUCAAAAGAAUCGACAAAGAAAAGGCAACAAGAAAAAAAACGACAGUGAUACAAAUAAAAAGGGUGUUGAAUUGUAUAAAAAUGAUACAACUCCCUUUGUAAACAAGCAAGAAGUCACAAGGAAAACUGACACUCGAACAUCUUUUAGUGUUUUGUCUAAAUGUCAGCCAUCCAAAGCAAGCCAGAACCAAAAUGAAAGCAAUAAUAAAGAAUAUAAAAAACCAAGCAACAGCUUUUCUAAAACGGGUAAUAAAAUUGACCAUAGACAAAUGCAAAACCCUAAUGUCGGUGAUGGCAAAGACAAAAGAAAAACUCAUGGAUUUAAUAAUUCCUCAGGAAUACUUACAUAUUCGAAGCUACAAGCAAUGUCUUCGAAAGAUUCCACAGAUAUCAUAAGAAUUUUAGCCAACAGUAACUCAGGUCUAGAUGAUUUCCUACAAAGCGAUAUUAGACCAGAUAUGAUGUACCUCAUCAUUAAGAUUUUGAAAAAACUAACCGAAUCUGAUUGGGAAGAAAACAAGCAGCAUGUAUUAAUGAGAGUUUGUUCUCCAGAGUUUUUUAAAAAACUAACUGAAUUUGUCACCAAUUUAGCAACCGAUGACCAAAGUUAUAAAAGAAAAGAAGAAAUGGAACAGUUUUUUGACAAUUUACUCACUUUUUUUUACACAGUUAUGAUCAUGUUGCCAUCAUUUGCAGCAGAUCAUCUAACCAGACCGCUAAGAAUGACUAAAAUGGCAAUGGGCAGUGUUGAGGAAUUUCAAAAUGUUACACUUAGUAAGAGUGUAAAUGACAAAUUGAAACAGUUGUUGAAUGAUUUUGAGGAGAGAAAGAAGGAGAAAGAAGAUAGAGAGCAUAUUAAUAAAGAAUCUAAAGAAGAAUUCUAUCCAAAACCAUUAGGGAGCAUAAGUGAAGUUUCUAUUUUCCCUCGUCCAGAAGAUAUAGAAAAUAGUCACGGAGCAAAGUUGCCAAAGAAUAAGGUUAAAGGCCCUUAUAAUGAUGUGGAGCAUUACUUAGAUGUCCAAUUCCGUCUUCUCAGGGAAGAUUUUAUUGCUCCUGUUCGACAGGGAAUUCAGGAAUAUCGAGUGGGACAGAUAUCUAAAAAAACAAAUAAAAAAACUACCAAUCUUAGAAUAUAUCCUAAAGUCAAGUUCUUAAAACCUACUGUGGUAAAUGAUAAAGUGGGGUAUGAUAUUUGUUUUGAUCCUGAAAAGCGAAUGAAGGUAAAAUGGGAAUACUCAAAACGGUUCAUAUUUGGAUCCCUUUUGCUUUUUACCAAUGACAAUUUCCAUACAUUUUUUCUGGGAACUGUCAUAAAUAGAAAUUUAUCAGCACUUGAAAAAAACAGAACAAUAACUGUCUUGCUUUGUGAUACAAAUAACAUAUCUUUAUCCAAUCAUAUUUUUACCACAAACUUUCUCAUGGCUGAAAGUGAAGUAUAUUUUGAACCAUACUCUAAUGUGUUGAGAGCUCUUCAAAGAUUCAACAGUGAAACAUUUCCUUUGAAGAAAUAUAUAGUAUUCACAGAAAAUAAAACUAAUCGCCCUGACCAUACAAAAAAUGGCAGUGAUAUCUAUACCAUCUCACUUGGCGACAAGCCACUCUGUGGUGGAAAGACACUGAAACUGUUUGAUGAUUCUACAUGGCCAUCAUGUGAUGAACUAGGUUUUGAUACUUCCCAACUAAAUGCUUACAAAGCAGCCUUGACAAAUGAUCUUGUGGUUAUUCAAGGACCUCCAGGCACAGGAAAGACCUAUUUAGGUCUUAAAAUAGCAGCUGCUUUGUUGGAAAACAAAGCAAUGUGGAGUUGUAACCAUCACACUCCAAUUUUGGUUUUGUGUUAUACUAAUCAUGCUCUUGAUCAGUUUCUUGAAGGAAUCAUUGAAAAGGGUCUAAGUAACAAUCUUAUUAGAAUUGGUGGAAGAAGUAAAAGUGAAUUGCUUGAAAGUUUCAAUUUGAGAGAAAGGAGAAGAUCAGUAGCAAUUUACAAUUCCAGCUAUGAACAGGCUGCUCUUCUGAGAAAUAUAAAGAGGGAUAUGUCAACUAUAUUUGAAAGUAUUAAAAUACUACAAGACAAUCUUGAACAUUUAAAUAACAAUGAUGGUGUCUUAGCACUUAGAACAUUGAAAAUUGUUAUGAGUGAUCAUCAAAAGAACUUCUUCAGGAACAAUGAUGAUUUGAUUGAAUGGUUGCUCUAUGGUAUAAGAAAACAAGUCAGAUCUCAGAAAACUGUUCUAACUACGGAUGAAAUACAGUCUAAGAGACUAAAUAAUACUGUUGAAUUAGUAUUUGACCCAUCAGACUUUGAAAACGUAACUCGUCUAAAAGAGGUACUUUUUGAUGGCUAUGAGUUGGAGGAAGAAAAUGAGCAGGAAACUGGUUCUGGUAUAGACUUGCGAAUAUAUUAUACGUGUACUUUAGAUGAAAUAAAAAAAAAAAAAGAAGAUCACACACAGAUGUUGGAUGCUAUUCCUGGAUCUGAAGAGAGUAGAGAUGAAAUAAGACGGAGAAUGCGGGAGACAAAGAAAGCUGAAAGUGACUUAAUUUUGAUGCAUGCAUAUUUUGAAAAGAAACUUAAGACUGGUCUUCCUUCAUCCACCACAAACACAGAUUGGCUUAAUGAUGUUAGAGACUUGAACAGUUUGGACGACAACCAAAGAUGGUUACUCUAUAGAAAUUGGAUAAGUCUCCUCAAGGAAGGGUUUUUGAUGCUUCUUUGUAAGCAAGAGGAAAACUACAGAAAAGGUGGACGUCGCUAUGAUGAAGUUAGGCAAUUUGAUGACUUGCGCAUUGUUCAACAAGCUGAUAUUGUUGGUGUUACUACAACAACUGCUGCAAGACUCCAAGCCAUGCUUCGAGAACUGAAGCCGAAAAUUGUGAUAGUAGAAGAAGCAGCUGAGGUACUAGAAGCUCACAUUGUAGCCUCCCUCUCAGUUCACUGUCAGCACUUGAUCCUCAUUGGUGAUCAUAAACAGCUGCGGCCAUCGGUUGCUGAUUACAAAAUUGGUAAGGACUGUAACCUGGAGGUAUCACUCUUUGAGCGGCUGAUAAACAACGGCAUAAAUCUACACACAUUGACAACCCAGCAUAGAAUGAGGCCUGAAAUCUCAAAGUUGCUUGUGCCAACAAUCUACCCGACCUUGGAAAAUCACAUUACGACUCACAACAGGGAGCGAAUACGAGGCAUUGAUAGAAAUGUUUUUUUCAUGACUCAUAACAACCAUGAGGAAGAGGUGGUUGAUAUAAUGAGCAAGAGGAACAAGUUUGAAGCCCGCAUGGUGAUGUCACUUGCCAGACAUCUACUGCUGCAGGGGUACAAACCUGACGAGAUAACUGUGCUCACCACCUACAGUGGCCAAAUGUAUCUCUUGAAAGAAGAGCAAACUCGACUUGAUAUCCCUCAAGCCUUGCAUGUUACUGCAGUUGAUAAUUUCCAAGGAGAGGAGAAUAGAAUCAUCCUGUUGUCAUUGGUGAGGAGCAAUGCAGAGAACCGAAUUGGAUUCCUGAAAACAGAAAAUAGAGUGUGCGUGGCUCUGUCUCGAGCUCAGGAUGGGCUCUUUGUGUUCGGUAACAUGGACUGCCUAAUCGCAGGAUCUUCUAAUACAUUGUGGCAGCGCAUCAAGCAGUCAUUUGUAGACCAAGAUGCUUUUGGUCCAGCAUUGGUGUUGCGCUGUGAGACUCAUAGAGAUCAGCUGACUCGUGUGGUUUGCCCGUCAGACUUCAAUGCUGUGAUGGAAGGAGGUUGUAGCAAACCUUGUAGGGAGCAGCUAGGUUGUGGACAUGUCUGCCGCAGUCUUUGUCAUGUCAGCAAGGAUAGACACAUCAAAUACCGCUGCAGCCAACCUUGCAAAAGACUGUUGUGUGCUGAUGGACAUCCCUGCCUUAAGAAAUGUUUUGAAAACUGUGGUGAAUGCAACAUUCCAAUGGACAGGACUCUGAAAUGUGGCCAUCAGAUCGUCUUACCCUGCUUUGUGGCAUAUAAUGAGCUGCAAUGUAAACAGCUGGUGAAAGUAAGAUUCCCUGAAUGCCAGCAUGAGGUGCAAGUGGAGUGUUUCCGCAAGGACUACAAGAUAUGUCCAGAACCUUGCAUGUACCGUCUUGACUGCGGCCACGCUUGUAAACGAAUCUGCCACGUCAACGAUGAUCCCAACCAUCUCAAGUUUGUUUGCCGCAAGCCGUGUGCCAAACGUCCACCAGGCUGUACCACAAAUGAGCACCGCUGCCAGUUGCUGUGCUUUGAAGAGUGUGAGCCUUGUAAUAUGGAUGUGGUCAAGAUUCUACCCUGUGGUCACUCACUAACCACAAGGUGUGAUAAUACUGUCCUGCUUUGUACUGCUGAAUGUGGACGUACAAUGACAUGUGGCCACAAGUGCAAACUACCCUGCUAUGAGGAAUGUACUGGUUGUCCCAUCAAAGUGGAGAAGACAGUACCAUUGUGUGGUCACAAGGUGCGAGUAGCUUGCAGCGAGACUCCUGACAAGAGACACUGCAAGGGCCAGUGCUGUGUGCGGCUGGAGUGUGGACACAAGUGUACCAAGCAGUGCCGAGACCAGUGUACAUCAGACGAUUGUCUGCAACCAACACCACUACCACUAACCUUGCCCUGCGGACACACAGGGGCUCUCCUUCCCUGCAACAUGGUCCACUCCUACAAUGGCAGCAGUUAUGACAAUGAAGAGUUGCUACAAUUUUGCAGUGAACCUUGCUUAAAAGAACUGAGCUGUGGCCAUCGCUGCAGUGGUACAUGUGGAGAGUGUUUGCAAGGCCGCAUCCACAAGGUGUGUGAUGAGGACUGCAACAACACUUUGAUAUGUGGCCACAGCUGUCCAGUACCUUGUCGGCAAAUUUGUCCACCCUGUGAGAAAAACUGUCAAAACCGCUGUUGCCAUUCUAAGUGUCAAAAAAAGUGUGGUGAACCUUGUGCUCCAUGUAAUGAACCAUGUGGUUACUAUUGUACUCACAGUCGCUGCAAGAGGAAGUGUAGUGAGUUGUGUGACCGUGAACCUUGCUCUGAGCCUUGCCAUAAAAAGCUGCCUUGCAAACAUGCUUGUGUAGGCUUCUGUGGUGAACCUUGUCCUCCAUGCAAGCAGUGUUCCCCGGAACGCUACCAGCCACAUUAUGAUAUAUUUGGUGGGCCUGAUGAGGAAGAUGACCUUACUGAAAGAUGGGUUCUUCUCAAUGACUGCAAACAUGUGAUUGAAAGUGGCUCUUUGGAGCAAUGGUUGAAUACGGAACAGGAUGGAAAGAAAGAGAUAAAACAUAAAACCUGUCCUCUGUGUAGACCAACAGAACCCAAUCGGUUCAUCAUAACAACUCAAAGAUAUAUGAACCUGGUCAAACAGACUUACAAGGAUAUUCAGAUGGUGAAGAGGAAAAUAUUCGGAGAGAUAAGCACCAUUAGAGAAGAUAGGGAGAAGCUGUUGAGAGAUGUGAGGCAGAUAUCUCCCAAACUAAUGGAUGGAUUCCAAGGUUUAAAUAAAGAUAAAGACCAAUUGAAAGUUAUGAGAAGUAUAUUACUAGAAGAAUUGCCAUAUAUCAAAGGAAACCGCCGUAAUGAAAUUAGCGUUCAUCGGGGCAUCUUAUUGAAUUGUAUGGCUACAGUCUACUUAGGCGUUCAGAAAAGAGUGUGUGACGACUGGGAAAAAUUAUCAGAUUCAUCUAAGGCCAAAGUGUUUGAUAAAGUGAACUUUUUUAUAUCUGUUUUAAUUCAGAGGAAGAAGAAAAUUAGUAAGGAGGAAAUUAACAGCUUUUUAUCGGAAUUGAAGAGACUCCACAGAUUCUUUGACUUAAAUCUAAUCCAUAGUUCUGACAGUUAUUUUACUCUACAGAGUUUCCAUCCAGACAUAAAGUCUAAAGUUACCGAUAACUACAACCGAAUGAAGGAAGAAAUCUUUUCCCCAAGAGUGUUCACUGAUAAGAUGAAUGAUAAAGUGGGUGACCUGUUGAAAGAGCUCUGCAGACUGCUGAACACCCAUGUGACUGAUGAGGAGCGAGUGAUGGUACACAAGGCUAUGUUUGGUUCAGUACACGGUACGUGGAGAUGGUACAAGUGUGCAGGGUGUGGUGAUGUCUAUUGUGUGGGAAACUGUGGAGCUGUCAAUCAGGUUACUCAGUGUAGGAAGUGUAACAGCACCAUUGGGAGCUCAAGUCGAGUGCAGAAUCCAGAUAUGGCCAGAGCCCUCCACCAGCGGCGAUAAACAUAUCAACAGAUACAAUACAACUUGAUUUGUUUCUAUGCCUCUAUUAAAGAGUGAUAAGUAUCAAUUUAACCAGAAAUCCGAAUCCAUCAACAUGAGUUAAAAGUCUUCAUCAGUGGUAGCCAUAUUUGAUUUUAGUCCCAUAAGAGCAAUGUUAACUUUGUAAAGAUUUUUUUUUUAAACUUGUGAUACAAUAAUGAUUGAUAUGUUAAAAUUAAGGAUUAGUGGUCCUUUAGGGAGUGAAGAUUUUAGUUUUGCCAUUUUCCCCCUACUUAAUAAGUUAAUGAUCAUUAAUUAAGCCUUUAAUUAAAUAAUUUAGAAAAGACAAAACAAAUAUUUGAAAUAUCAUUUCUUCAUUCCCUAGUACUCUAUGUUAUAAACCUAAUUAUAAACUUUCAAAACUAUAUCUUAAUAAAUAACAUGGACAUGCUGCUUCAAAUGUUGGUAUGUUCUGUCAAAUUUAACAUUGCUCUUAUGGGGCUAAAAUCCAAUAUGGCUACCACUGAUGAAGGCUUUUAAGAAUAAGAUGUAAAAUUUAUUUAAUUCAACUAACCAAUUUUGAAUGUUUAACUACUUUGAUUUAAUUGUUUGUUUUUCUUCAUCGACAUUUAUAUUUUAAAGAAAACAUACGUAUAUAAAUAUGUCUAGCUAUAACUAGAUAGAGUAACUAAAUAGGUCCAAACAUUUUAGGUUGCUUUAGAAACAAGUUAAGAUAAAUAAUAAAGAUGUAUUGUGUUAUCCAGUUCAUGAACUUGUUAUAGUUAAGUUACUUUAUGAGUCAGUUGUCUUUUGUUCUUGAUCUUCUUAGUUAGUCACUAGAGUCUACGUAUAUAUCUUUUUUUUACAGUCAAAUUUUGUUCUUCGUCUUCUUAUGUAGUCACUGAUGCACAUUUCGCAAAAAAGGCAACUUUAUAAAAAAAAUUAAACAUAAUAUUAAAUCAACCUGGUUUGAAAUCUAAAUCUUAACAUUACAAUUUUCCAUAGUAAAAUAAUAAAAGUUUUUGUCGAUGUACUAUAGUUACUAACCAAGCAUCGGUAAUGCAACCUCUCUUGCUAUUAGUGUAAGGCUAUUGAAGUUUGAAUUGUUUAUCAAUCAGUGAUUAGUUAUGCUUCAUUUCUGCUAGUUAAAUUUUGAAGAUAAUAGACUCUUGUAAAAUACUGUUUGAAAUAACAUGUUAUGGAUGCGUUUAGUAUUUUUAUAUUCUAACAUUUGGACUGGUUGAAAUUUUGUAUGAAGAAACUGUUAAUUGUUUCAAUUAUCUAGAAUAAAUUUUGUUUAUAAGCUGUUUGAUUUUUUUCAACAAUUUUUGCAAGCUCCUA